CGAUAUCUCGGGGCACCUUGCCAAUACAUUGUUGUCAUUAGAAACGAAGAAAAAUGUCGAAGGGAACCACUAUCAAGGACGCGAUUGCAAAAUUUGAAGAAAAGGAAGGCUGUAAGGCUUGUGAUGCUGAAGUUGUCAGUCUAAUAAGCCAGUUGCCACCAGUUGAAAAAAUGGAUGCCUCCCUCUCCACGCUUGUAAAAUGCACACAGCUGUCUCUCUCAACAAACUGUAUUGAAAAGAUUGCAAACUUAAAUGGUUUGAAGAACCUGAGGAUCUUGUCGCUUGGGAGAAACAAUAUCAAGUCUUUAACUGGACUGGAGGCAGUUGGUGAUACAUUGACUGAGCUGUGGAUUUCAUACAACAGAAUUGAGAAACUUAAAGGAAUAAACGUCCUCAAAAAGUUGAAGGUGUUGUUUAUGUCAAAUAAUGAAGUGAAGGACAUGGGAGAAUUUUCCAAGCUGGCGGACCUUCCGUGCCUCGAGGAUCUAGUAUUUGUCGGGAAUCCGCUGGAAGAAACCCUAAAUAACACAGAGAAGGGCUAUAGACAAACUGUCCAGGAAAAGCUGGUCAAAGUCAAGAAGGUUGAUGGUGUUCCAAUAAUCAGAGAUAAUGAUGAUGAAGACUAAAAUUUCAAGAAGGAAAAUCUCGAUGACCGACUGUGUUGAUAAAAAAACCCAAUAAUUUGCCGGACUUUAUUCUGAAGUACAAGAGCGCAGAUAUAAUGUUACUUUGUGGUUUCAAAAAUACUGUUGUCGCUGCUGAUUGUUCAACUGUUAAAAAUAAUGUUUUCCAUAGUUUAUUUUGUUCUACAGUAUGUAUUCAUCAGUGAUAACAAAAUGUUGAUGUUAAAAUAAGAAAUAUGACCUCCAACAAUAACGUCUUGUUUAUUCAGUGGAAUAUUUUUGGUUAAACUACUUCAUAUUGCUGUUAAAUCACUCUUAAAUUUAGAGAGAUAUAUGGUUCAAUUUUAUUUUAAGCUUUUUUCAACUUUUUACCUCUUCUUUCUUCACCUGAAUGUUGCUUUUUCCAAGUUUAAUUUUCUUGUUAAUUACUUUGUUUUCUAAGUUCAAUUUUCAUGUUAAUAACGUUCUUGACUUCUGACCUCUUCAGUGUUUCUUAUUAAGUUUCAGAAUUUAUUGUCCUUUUUUGUUUUAAAUGUCUUUUUGUGACAAUUUUCAAAUAAAUUAAUUGUUGUGAUGGAAUUGUUUUCUACAUUCUUUACAAAAAUGUCUUCAAAGGGUGUUCACGGAAAAAAUAUUUAUCGGAAUAUUUUCAUUGUUUUUCUUUAUUUCUAUUCUGUUCUGUUCUUUAAUGCAGUUAGAAGAUUUCUGUUACAUACACACAGCCACCAGGAGUGACUUUGUUUCUUAACAAACCAGUAUAAGUAUUCAUUGAACUAUACAUAUAUUUGUUUAUUAAUUCUUUACUGAAUAAAAUCUAUAUAUUCAUA